AUGAGAUCGAAUGCUGGUAAUGACGACAUCAUUUUGCGAGCAAUGAGCAUGAUCAUGACUCAGUUUCACGUGCCGGCUGAGUUUCCGUUGAUUGUUCGGACGACCUUCAACGUGAAAGAAGACCUACUCCACGUGUUACGAAAUGGAACGGAAUCCCAAAGAGUUUCGCGGAUAGAUGUACUAGGCAUCACUUUGCUGCAGCAGUUUGCUUCCUCAGUUCUAAAUGUAAUUGUAAUCAUUUAUCACAUGGAGGGGACCCCAGGAGCUCAAAAAAAUUGA